AUGACCACAACAUACAGAGCUGCUUUUGGGAAUCCGCGAGCACAGAAGCCAGUUGUCGAUAGCCUUCUUGGCCCUCCGGAUACCUCAUCUGAUUCAGCACUUGCAAGGGCCCUAUCUGAGGAGGAGAACGGCGUAGCUCCGGAUGAGAAUGAGCUGGCGUCUCCCAGUGGAGUCAAUGUACAUUUCAGCAUGUGGGAAGGCGGGUCUCACAGUCAAAAACGGAAAGCCGCUGACGGAUCACCUUUUCAGCAACAAAGCAAUCAAGGUGAUGCACCCCAUCAUCAACAAAUCAGCGAUGCUGAGCUCGCUCUGCACCUGCAACGCGUGGAGCUGGCGUCAGCAGCCGAUGCGACGGGUACAUUACCAACAUCCUCAGGCAUGCUGUAUCCGGAGCUUUUGGGCCAAUGUUCAGCCAGAGAGCAGACCCUCUCCAGAACGCUCAGCCGGGCUCAGUCUGUGCGGGCCAGCCCCCGGGUAGCCGCCUUCUCGCUCCCCCCGCCAGAACCAGUCGUGUCAGCUGACCGCCAGCGGCUGCUCGCCACUCUACGACAGUACGACCUGGUGGAGCGGGAGGUGGCGGGCGACGGCAACUGCCAGGCGUGUGUGGGGCUGAUAUCUGAAGGGUGUCUCUUUCUCGAGCGCCGCGCCGCUGUGCCCGGGUCUAGGCAGUGCAAGAGGCACCUCGUCAUUGCCGAGUUUCGAGCUCUUUCGGACCAGCUGUACGGCACACCCGAGCACCACACUGCCAUGCGACUUGCUGUUGUGGAGACGUUACGGAAGCGGGCGUCGUCGUACAGCGGCUACGUACCCGGCGAUUACGACGAGUACUGCACGUCGAUGGCCAAGUCGGGUACGUGGGGCGACCACGUGACGUUGCAGGCGGCAGCUGACCACUACGGGCUCCGCAUCCAGGUGGUAACCUCGUUCGCCCACAGCCCCCUGAUCUACAUAGACCCGGCCACCCGGCUCUCCCCUCGCACCCUCUACCUCUCCUUCUGGGCGGAGGUGCACUACAACUCGCUGUACCCCGCACAGGAGCCGCCGCCGCAAGGCCCCCUGGCACGGCCACCCGCGGAGGUGGGCCCCUCCGCUUCUUGUUCCACUCCCUCAACGUCCCCCUCGGCUCCCCCUCUCCCUCCGGAUGCGACCUGGGCGGACGGCCCCGGCCCCGCGGGUUCCAAACCGCCCAAGGUACUGGGCAGUCGUACAUUGGGUCGUGUGGUUCGGGAGGUUGAGAAGGUGACGGCGCCGCGGCGGGGCGGCCAUUAG